UGAUAACUAGCUCUAGCUCGAGUAGGCCAGUCCAGCAACUAAACUUGAGUGGAUCCAACCAGGAAUCAAUCCCAAGCUUAAUUAAGAUCAAUAUAAAUAUCCCAAGAACUCAUCAUCUCGUACGUUAGCCUUAUAUAUACACACAAGCACACUGACACACUGCCUCAUCUCAUCAAAGUACUCAAGGAUGAGAAAAUAAGUCUCAUGGAUUCUUGGAGAGAAAUUGAGGGAAAACAGGUUCAUGAUCCUCUGUACUACAAUCAAAAAGAGAGAAUGAAUCCUGGAGCGUGUGUUUGGGUUCCAGGGCCAGUCAUAGUUGGAGCUGGACCAUCAGGGUUGGCAGUGGCUGCAUGCCUUAAGGAAAAGGGUGUGCCUAGUUUGAUCCUUGAAAGAUCAAACUGUAUUGCUUCUCUCUGGCAACUCAAGACUUAUGACCGUCUUUCUCUCCAUCUCCCCAAAAAGUUCUGCCAACUCCCUCUCCUACCGUUUCCGGUGAGCUUCCCAGAGUAUCCAACCAAACAGCAGUUUGUAUCUUACCUUGAAAAUUAUGCGAAGAAGUUCGGCAUCGUGCCGGAGUUCAAUGAGACAGUUGUCAGUGCUGAGUAUGACAAUGGGCUUGGAUUGUGGAGAGUGAGGACUAGUACAGGGGAGGGAAAGAAGGAGUAUGUUUGCCGGUGGCUCAUCGUGGCAACCGGAGAGAAUGCAGAGGUUGUCACGCCGGAGAUCGAUGGCAUGAAGGAGUUCAAAGGUUCCAUUGUGCAUACAAGCAUGUACGGUAAUGGAGACAUCUUUGGAGGAAAGAAGGUUCUUGUUGUUGGUUGUGGAAACUCAGGCAUGGAAGUCUGUUUGGAUCUCUGCAACCACAAUGCACGCCCAUCUCUAGUAGUAAGAGACACAGUGCACGUCCUGCCCCGGGAGAUGCUGGGUUGGUCCACAUUUGGCUUGAGCAUGAGGCUUCUCCGGUGGAUACCAAUGAAGGUGGUGGACUUUCUUUUGCUGCUUGUCUCCCGGAUCAUGCUCGGUGACACGGCACGGCUUGGCCUUCGCCGGCCUUCGCUUGGUCCUCUCGAGCUCAAGGGGCUUACAGGAAAGACUCCGGUGCUCGACGUUGGCACUCUCAGCAAAAUAAAAUCUGGAGAGAUUAAGGUGCGCCGGGCGAUAAAAAGACUGACAGAAUACAGUGUGGAGUUUGUGGAUGGCACGAUGGAGGAUUUUGAUGCCAUAGUCUUGGCCACGGGUUACAAGAGCAACGUGCCCUCUUGGCUAAAGGAGAGGGAGUUCUUCUCAGAUAAGGAUGGGUUUCCAAGAAGGCCAUUUCCAGAGAGUUGGAAAGGAGAGAAUGGUCUAUAUGCAGUUGGAUUCACAAGAAGAGGGAUUAAUGGAGCCUCCAUUGAUGCUACAAAGAUUGCUCAAGAUGUUGAGAGAUGCUGGAAAGCUGAAGCAAAGAAACCAUCACAAACAUGAGAAGUUGAUGAGAACUAGCAUUUGGAUCAAUUUAGAGGUUAAUUAGUUGGAGCAGGAGCAGCAUAUAGCUAGCAUUAAUCCCUUAUUUUACACUCUCACUUAAUUAGCAUGUGUGUGUAUAUAUAUAUAUAUAUAUAAUUGUACUUUAUAAUGGAGUUGACUAGCGAGAGAGAGAAAGAGAGAGGCAGAGAGAUGAUUGUGACAAGCCACUAAUUGUCUGUGCAAGCACAGAUUAAUCUUUGGUGAUUGUUUUUCCUCCAUUGUUAAUAAAAUAUUCCAU